GUACGAAACAAAAGCGAGAACGGAAAAAGACUGUGUCAUUUAGCAGUAUGCCAACUGAGAAAAAGAUCAGCAGUGCAAGUGACUGUAUAAACGCGAUGGUUGAAGGCUCUGAGCUGAAAAAGAUUCGAUCCAACUCUAGGGUGUAUCACCGAUAUUUUCUUUUAGAUGCAGAUAUGCAGUCUCUACGCUGGGAACCUUCAAAAAAGGAUUCUGAAAAAGCAAAGAUUGAUAUUAAAUCAAUCAAAGAAGUAAGAACAGGAAAAAAUACAGAUAUUUUUCGCAGCAAUGGAAUAUAUGACCAGGUAUCAGAAGAUUGUGCUUUUUCAAUUAUAUAUGGAGAAAACUAUGAGUCACUAGAUCUUGUUGCUAACUCAGCAGACAUUGCAAAUAUUUGGGUUACUGGCUUAAGAUACCUGAUUUCUUACGGAAAAGAUACUCUAGAUAUGAUAGAAAGUACUCAAGAUAAUAUGCGGACUUCAUGGCUUUCACAAAUGUUCAGUGAAUCAGAUGUAGAUAAUUUGGGACAUAUACCCCUGUGUAAUGCUGUACAGUUUAUAAAAGACUUAAAUCCUGGUUUAAAAACUAAUAAAAUCGAACUAAAAUUCAAGGAGUUACAUAGAUCCAAGGAAAAAACUGGUACUGAAGUAACAAAAGAAGAGUUUAUUGAAGUUUUUCAUGAACUUUGUACCAGACCUGAAAUCUAUUUCCUGUUGGUUCAGUUUUCGAGCAAUAAAGAAUUCCUAGAUACCAAGGACCUCAUGAUGUUUUUAGAAGCAGAACAGGGUAUGGCACACGUCACGGAAGAAAUAAGCCUUGAAAUUAUUCAGAAAUACGAGCCAGCCAAAGAGGGCCAGGAAAAGGGUUGGCUUUCUAUAGAUGGGUUUACAAAUUACCUUACUUCACCAGACUGCCACAUAUUUGAUCCAGAACAUAAAAAAGUUUGUCAAGAUAUGAAACAACCUUUAUCUCAUUAUUUUAUAAAUUCAUCUCAUAAUACGUAUUUGAUAGAGGAUCAGUUUCGAGGGCCUUCUGACAUCACAGGUUACAUUCGUGCUCUUAAAAUGGGUUGUCGAAGUGUUGAACUGGAUGUAUGGGAUGGUCCGGAUAAUGAGCCUGUGAUUUACACAGGGCAUACAAUGACAUCGCAGAUUGUCUUCCGUAGUGUGAUUGACAUUAUUAACAAGUAUGCGUUUUUUGCUUCAGAAUACCCUCUUAUUUUGUGUUUAGAAAAUCAUUGUUCUAUUAAGCAGCAGAAAGUUAUGGUACAACACAUGAAGAAAAUUUUGGGGGACAAACUACAUACACAGUCUCCAAACAUUGAAGAGUCUUAUCUUCCAUCACCAGAAUCACUUAAAGGGAAAAUACUAAUUAAAGCAAAGAAGCUUUCCUCUAAUUGUUCUGGACUAGAGGGAGAUGUUACAGAUGAAGAUGAAGGAGCAGAAAUGUCACAAAGAGUGGGGAAAGAGGGGGUAGAACAGCAAAACUCAAUGAUGGGGAAACGAUUUCAGCUCUGCAAAGAACUCUCUGAGUUGGUAAGCAUAUGUAAAUCCGUUCAGUUCAAAGAGUUUCAAGUUUCAUUUCAGCUCCAGAAGUACUGGGAAGUGUGCUCGUUUAAUGAAGUGCUUGCUAGCAAAUAUGCUAAUGAAAACCCAGGAGACUUUGUAAAUUAUAACAAACGUUUUCUUGCAAGAGUUUUCCCCAGUCCUAUGAGGAUUGACUCUAGUAAUAUGAAUCCCCAGGACUUUUGGAAAUGUGGUUGUCAGAUAGUAGCAAUGAACUUUCAAACGCCUGGCUUAAUGAUGGAUCUUAACAUUGGUUGGUUUCGACAAAACGGAAACUGUGGCUAUGUCCUUCGUCCUGCUAUCAUGAGAGAAGAAGUAUCCUUCUUUAGCGCAAAUACGAAAGACACCGUGCCUGGAGUUUCGCCUCAGCUGCUUCAUAUUAAAAUCAUUAGUGGGCAAAACUUUCCUAAACCCAAAGGAUCAGGUGCCAAAGGUGAUGUUGUGGAUCCUUAUGUCUAUGUUGAAAUACAUGGAAUCCCUGCCGACUGUGCAGAGCAAAGGACGAAAACUAUGCAUCAGAAUGGGGAUAAUCCCAUUUUUGAUGAAAGCUUUGAAUUUCAAAUAAAUUUACCAGAACUAGCUAUGGUGCGUUUUGUAGUACUGGAUGAUGAUUACAUUGGGGAUGAGUUUAUCGGGCAAUACACUAUUCCCUUUGAGUGUCUACAGACUGGUUACCGGCACAUUCCUCUGCAGUCUUUAACUGGUGAAAUUUUAGCACAUGCUUCCUUGUUUGUGCAUGUGGCCAUUACUAAUCGAAGGGGUGGUGGGAAACCUCAUAAGCGGGGCCUUUCUGUGAGGAAGGGCAAGAAAUCAAGGGAAUAUGCUUCUAUGAGAACAUUGUGGAUUAAAACAAUAGAUGAAGUGUUCAAGAAUGCUCUCCAACCUAUUCGGGAUGCCACGGAUUUGAGAGAAAAUAUGCAGAAUGCAGUAGUUUCAUUCAAAGAAUUAUGUGGCCUCUCUCCUGUAGCAAAUCUUAUGCAGUGCAUUUUGGCAGUGUCUACGCGCUUGGUUGGGCCUGAUAAUGCGCCCUUGGUAGUACUGAAUCUCAAUGAUCAGUAUCCGACGAUGGAGCUCCAAGGGAUUGUUCCAGAAGUCUUGAAAAAGAUUGUAACAGCAUAUGACAUGAUGAUUCAGACUAUCAGAACUCUAGUUGAAAAUACAGAUAGCUUAUAUGAGAAGAUAGUACAGUGUCAGAAAGCAG